CUGUAGUUCAGCCACACGCCAAGGCUGAAGCUCGCCUUUCGGCCGACGACAUCCUACUUUGCCAAGGCUCGGCGAUGACCCCACUGCCAAUGAAUGGUCCAUCAUUGGGAGCUGCACCGAUAAUGAAAGCAGAACCCGACGAGGACAUGCAGCGGACGGGGCCCGUGUUGGUGGCGCCUGCGGCAACGCCAACCGCCGCGGUCCCAACGCCUCUUACCGUGACCGCCGCUGCGACUGCGUUUGCCGCCACGGGUGCCAGCGGUGGCGCGGCUCCAUUGCCUGGACAGGUGCAUCAGCCUCAGCGCUAUGGGCCAGUCCUCGCGGUCGGAGGCGGAGCAGGGGCCGCAGUCGCGGCCGCAGGGGCUGCAAGGGCCGGAGGCGGGGCGGGCCGCGGCUGGCAGCGCAUCCUGCCUGGCGGCGCACCGGCACCGGCUUCGGCUGUUGUAGCGGUGCCGGCGUCAGUACUGCCGGCGGUGACGGCCGUGCCGGCUGCAAAGCCGCACCAUGUGGCCAUCAAGCGGGAGCCGCGGGAGGCAGCCGCCGCGGGCGGGCCUGCUGGGGGAGAACUGCUGCUGCCGGGAUCUGACGCAGGGGCAGUAGCGGCAGCAGGGGCAUGGGGAUGCAGCCUCCGCGUCAGCGAGCCGGCGGGAGCGCGGCCUACAGAUGCAGCAGCCAAUGUCAGUUUGGGUUGGUCGGCAGCAGCUGGACCAGUGCCGCGGCUGGCUCCGCCUCCCGCCCGGCACCAUGCUGAAGCUCCGGGCAACGGCAGCAGGCCUUCCCUGGCCGUCCCACUGGCUGCGCCGGUGGCCAGGCGGCAUAUGCCCGUGGUAAAGCAGGAGCCCACUCAUGCGGAUGCACCUGUGGGCGCCGUGCGCGCCGCUGCCACGACCGCUGCAGCCGCACCACGCCAGGGGCGCCUCACCGACUUGGCGCCACCCCGCACGUUCUCCUCCGACCAGCAGCAGGGGGCACAACGACAGCGGGUGCAGGAUCUGGCUGGUGACCCGAAGGCAGUGGCAGGGGCAACGGCUUGGCAACAGCAGCAGCAACAGCAGGAGCACGAGCAGCAACAGCUAAGAACUCGGCUGCCACCUACCCAGCUGCUGUUGCUGCGAGCCACUGCGGCGCCACAGCGACUGCGCAUCAAGCUCAAGGUGCGGGGGCCCGGCGCGCCGCCACCAGCGGCAGCCGCCGUGGGUGGAGCGGCCGCGCCGGCAGCGGGUCCCGCGGUCGUUGCCUCUGCUUCACCUGGGCCUGCGGCGCCUGGUGCUGUUGUGCCAACUGCACUACCACGCAGUGCUGCUGCGGGCACUGGAGAGCACCCCGCCACAGGUGACAGCGCGGAGCCGACAGGAGAGGGCCCCCCUGCGCGGGUGCAGCGGCCGCUUCGGAUCCGACUGCGGAGGCGCAUGACAGCUGCAGAGCCGGAUCCGCUGAGUCCAUUGGAUCUACCGAAUCCACCGGCAGCGGCAGGAGGCGCCGAGGCAGGUGCAUCUGCGGGCGCCGCCGCGACAGCAGCAACAACAGCUGCCAAGGCCACUGGUGUGCUGAGCGCGCAUGUGGAGCAGGGGCGGGAAGCACGUGAAGGCCUGGGCGGCGAUGCUGCGGUGGCAUUGCGGGUGGCGGAGUCGGCGGCGGCGGCGGCGCGCGGCGGGGCGGGCCUGGCUGCUGGCUGCACUGUUACUGGCACUGACACUGGCGCAGCUGGACCCGGCCGCGGUGGCAUGCAGGGCACCAGCAGUGCCAAUGCCGCCCGCAGUGCAGGUGCAGGCGCAAUGCGGUCAACUCAGGUGCAGCAGGGGCUGCUUGGCGCAACAAGCCCACCGGCGCAGCACCUGCAGCAGCAGCCUUUGCAGCAGCUAACUCAGCCGCCACCGCCGCCGUCAACACCGCUGCGCACGAACUUUCCAGAGUGCCCAGAGUGCCCGCAUGCGGCGGUGUCGGCGGCGGCCGAAGGUGGGGCCGUCGCACCGAUGACGGCGCAGGCCUCGCCGUCAGCAGCAGCACUGCCACGCCUGCAGCCGCAAGCCCGGGAGCCAGCAGCAGCACUACCGCUUGUUGCAGCAGCAGCAAAGGGGCUUCGAACGGUCGCAGCUACAGUGUCGGAUGGCAGCCGGGGGACUUGUGCGCCCGGCUCUGAAACAUGCGGUGGCGCAGCAACUGCUGCUGCUUUUAUAGUUGCGGGUGCUGUUCCUGUUGUUGCUGCAGGGAGUGCCAAGGGGCAGGAUGCGGCGUUGGGUGAGUCUGCGACGGCAGCGGCUGUUGGCAGCAUACUUGCUGCGGCUGGUGCAAAUGCGGCUGCGGAUGCAGCUGCUGCCAACGGCGCUGCAAGCUUGCAGGAGCGGGUGAGGCAGCCGGCUGAGGGCCUUGUCGAGGAGCCGAGGGAAGGGGCGACGGCCCCAGCAGGCAGCGAGGAGCGGGUUCCGCCGCCACAGUUCGGCGAGGCACUGCCGCUGGCGGCGGCGGACCCGGCGGAGGUGGCUGUACCAACGGGGUUGCCGCCGUCGACGGCUGCGGAAAGAGAGCAGGCUCGGGCAGUAGAAGAGGAGGCGGCAUGCCUAUCGGCGGCAGCCGUACCAGGCUUAACAAGCGCAGGCACCACUCACAUUGCCAUCCAGGCCACGGCGGGAGGCGCUGCUGACGCCAGCUGCAGUGCAGCCGGUGGCGCGAGCUGUGGCGGUGGAGCGGCAGGUUGUGUUGGAGCUGUGUGCUGGUCGGCUGAUCGCCUGGCCGCACUUGAGGCCCCGGACCCGUUGGCAACAGCACGCGCGGCUCAGGCUGCCGCCCCCAGUACUGCCCCGCCGGCCGCUGAGGGCAACCUGGGUGCAGUGGCGCCGGUGCCUGCCUCCUCAGCAGCAGCAGCAGCCCCGCCUGCCAGCCCCCGCCAGCGUCGCAGUGGACUGUUCGCCGGGUGGCUGUUGGGCCGGUGGCUGUCUGGCGGCUCGCCUGGCCCUGUCCCACCAGCGACACCGGCAGUUGCGCCCGGGGCAGCAGUGCGGGCUGCUGCUCCCGGGCCUGCUGCUGCCAUAGCCGCGCGCAGCAGGACGGAUGCCGGCGCUGGACAAAGGCGCCGCAACGGCAGCGACCGCGGCCCCACUGGCCGGGAAGGUUCUCCCACCAGGGCUGGCGGCGUGCUGAUGGCGGUCUCAUGUGCCGCCGCGGCCGUGUGCAGGCGCGUGCUGCCGAGGUGGUCCUUGGGCGCCCGGUUGCGGCUGGAGGAGGAGCGGCUGGCUGCAGCGGCUGGUGGCGUCGCUACGGGCGGUGGGCCAGGGGUCGAUGCGGAGGAGGCCACACAGGCAGCAGAGCCACGUGAGGCGCCGCCUGCACCAGAGGUCGCCCGCAUCACGGCACACCCCGACGCCAUGCUGUGUGGCGGGCAGGGGCCGCUAGGGGGAGGGACUGGGCGGCGAGCGGGCGAGGCGGCAGCCAGUGGCGGCGCUGGGUGUCCCGCAGCAGCGGCUGAGGUGCCGAGGACACGGCCUCGAACCCGUGCGGCUGCUGCUGCGGCGACGGUGGUGGCGGUGGCGCAGCAAGCCACUGGUACAGUUAGUGAGGUUGCAAAGCCACCGUCGCGGUGGCGUGCCACUGCCGCCGCCAGCGCAAAAGCAGCACCGGCGCUAGCACAACCACCAGCAGGGGCCUCCUGCGCGCAAGCCGGGCCCUCACCUGAGGCGCCGGCUGCAAGGGCGCGUCGGCGGCGGCGGUCUGCCGCUGGCGACGAUGGCGACGCAGCGGGCGUGCAGCAGCAGAAGCAGGUCCGCCUCGGGCGGCCGCCCAAGCAGACGCGCCUGCUGCAGCUGAUUGCUCCCCUGGCACCUGAGACGACGGCGCCUGCCCAGGCUGCGGACGAGCAGGGCGACGGGUCCAUGGCGCCGCCGCCACUGCCGCCCAGUCCACAGCCAGCCGCCACAGCUGCAGCGCCCCAGCGGCCGCCUCGGGGCCGCCCAGCGGCUGCGGCGUUUGCAACAGAGGCUUCAACCAACACAUCCCGGCUCGCACACCAGCACCAGCACCAAGCGCCGGGGCUGCAAGGGGCUGCGGGCAGCGCGGAGUGCCGUGUGCCGCUCAGCGCUGCCUGCCUGACGCACCCCUGCAUCAGCCUCUCGCAGGUGCUGGUGACUCAGCUGCUAGGCGGGCACACGGCGGCGCAGCAGCGCUGCGGAGCGCGACACAGCCUGCCCGUGUGCGUUCCCUGUUCGGCCCCCGCCCCCGCCCCCUCCUCGGGCACCGGCACCUUCCACGCAGCCGCUGCCGCCGCUGAGCGCGACACGGAUGGCGGCCGUCCCACUCAUGGUAACGCCAUUGGUGGCGCCGCUGGUGGUGCUGCUGGUGGCGUUGCUGCUGGCGGCGUGGUGAGUUGCCUGAUGGAGAUCGGGACACUGCGCGGCUAUGAGGCAGCAAACAGCGGCGGCAGCAGCACCGGCUGGCGGCUGCUCAACCUGCGGUCGUGGCUGCGGCAGGCGGGCGCGGUGGCGGGCGCUCACGAGCUGAGUCUGUCGCUGGUGGCCUACCGCCUGCCGCCGCCAUCACCACCGGCGGCGGCGGCUGUAGCAACUGCUACGGGCGGCGGUACGGCGGCCCCCUGUACGGCAGGUGUCGACGGGCAGGCAGGCCCCAGUGCUGGCAUUGGCGGCGGUGGUGUUGCGGCGGCGUGUGGGCUUGGCCGUAGCAUGCAAGGUGGGGACGGUAUUGCGGAGCAGAAGGGAGCUGAGGCCCCGCUUUCGGGCCCUGCCGUUCUGGUGCGGCUGGUGUCGGCGCGGCAGCAGGCGGUGGCGCGUCCCCACACUUCCUCAGGGGCGACCGACACGGAGGUGCAGCGUGCGUCAGGGCAGGAGGCCACGGCGCCGUGUGGGGAGGCUGGGGGUGGUGGCGGCCGGGUGGCUGAACCGGCCGACGGGCGUAGUGCGUCAGGUGCUCGGGUAGACGCUGUCACUGCCGCGGGGCCUGUGACGCAUUGCGACGCCCCGCCGGGGGAAGAUGCAGACACACACCGGGGUGUGGGGCGGCAGCAGCGCGUGGUCUCCAUGUCGCCGCUCCAACGGGCGCCUCCCGCCGUGGGGGUGGGGGUGGGGGUGUCGGGGAAGAGGACGCGUCAGCAGGUCGUCGUGGCCGGCGCAAGCGCGGCAGCUCCAAGGGGCGACUGGGGCGUCACUGCAGACACGCGAAGUGCAGAGCGAUCGAAGCGGCGGAGGACGUAGCGUCAGGGCUUGAUGAGAGUGUGGGCAAGCGGGCAGCAGUACCACUUAUCAGUGAAUAGGGGUUCCACUUGGCAACACGCGCGAGUGGUUGGAUGCAUCAGGACAUGCGGCGCAACCCACGACCAUGAACUGCCAUUAUGGUCGUUGAUGCCAAGUACAGACGCAAGAGUCACUUUGUUUGCAGUGGUGUACGGCGACACUCUGCGCUGCGUAGCCCACAUGAACGGGCUCAUGCUCGCUGACGGUAUGCAGCUGCCUUGACCUAAGGUGGGACACAGCAUUACAAUGUGGGCAGGACCAAACAGGCAAUUGGUGGCUUUUGCAUUCAGCGGGCUGUGUGCGCGACGCUACUGUGCUGGCGGGGCGGGGCGAGGCGCUGCAGCGAAACGGCCCCUUGAGGCCGUCAUGCUUCGACACCAGUGGGUGGUGAUCCAGGCAACACGAAGCAAGGUACCUAGCUGGUAGUGCGCAGCGCAGAUGAUAGUGCCUGGGUACCCGUGCGCUGCCUGGCGUGUAUUGCUGGGUGCAAAUCAGGCAGCCAAGCGCUUUACAACGGGUUGUGGUAACUCUUUUUGCAGUUCUACACGAUUGAAACUCAAAGGGAGGGGCAGGGACGACUUGUGAGCAGGGAUGAAUCAGUU